UGUAUUGUGGCAUCGAUAUUUUGUCUCACUCUAAUGACAAAGGGAAGAAACAUGGAGUGGUUUCUUCUCAUGUACGUGUGUCUGUGAGUUUUAAGUCUAUCUGUCUCUGUUUUGUUUUCAACAGGCUCGUUAUGAAGUUCGGAGAUGUGGAAGAUUUAAGAGAUCUGUCUAUCAGACUGCAGCUCUCCAACACUUUCUACGAGUCGUCAGGCCAGUGGUGGUUCUCAGUGGAUAGCGUCUCUCUACUCUACAACAAGUCUGAAGAAGCUGUGUUCAACGCCAGCGAGGUGUACGCUCCAGCCUCCUCCUCCUAUCACUGCCUCCAUGUCAGCAGCCUGCAGCGCCACAGCGCCCUCCUGCUGCCCGGCAACGACCACGCCCGCCGCUGGUCUGUCACUUUCACCAACUUCCAGAUUCAGGCGUUCAACGUCACCUCUGGUAAAUUUUCUCCUGCGAGCGACUGCGCCACCUUCCUGACGCCCGCCAUCCUGAUGGGCCUCAUCACUUCCCUCAUCCUGCUGCUGGUCCUGGCCUACGCCCUGCACAUGGUCAUCCACCUGAAACACAUCGAGCACGAAGACGAACACAAGUCACACGUCUACUUCCAAAACUCUGAACCGCUGGAACACUGCUGUCUGGAGAACGUCCCGAGAAAAAUAUUAUGUAGCGAAGAAACACAAGGAGAGACUCGUCUGAUGUGAUAGGAUACACUCAGCUCAGGAGUAGAUUUUAUGAAUAUAUAUUUA